AUGUCACAUGAAAAAAUCGUAUGGGAUUGCGAUCCAUCAUUCAUAAUUAAGCAUAACAAUGUUGUGCCUAAUUGGCAUUUCAAGAAGCACUGGCAAAACUAUGUGAAGACUUGGUUCAAACAACCUGCUCGGAAAACCAGAAGACGUGCUGCUCGGCAGAAGAAGGCUGUGAAAAUUUUUCCAAGGCCUACAGCUGGACCUCUUCGACCCAUAGUUCAUGGUCAGACAUUGAAAUAUAAUAUGAAAUUGAGGGCUGGAAAAGGUUUUUCUCUCGAGGAGCUCAAGUCAGGAGAGAUGGAGAAGAAAUCGGAUGUCUAUCGAAGCGAUUUUGGAUCGAUAACGUCGGAGAUUAAGAGGCGAGAGAGGGACCUUAACCUCAAACGAAGGUGGUUGAUGGGACUUCCUACACCCGGAUAUAACCCGGAACAGGCGACAGGGCCUGAGUUUUUGACUAAUAAGUACUUGCCCGAGUCUUUGCUUAGGGAGGAUGAUAUAUUCUAUGAGACUGUGACAAUGCUAGUUGGAGAAGCCUUGGGAGCAUUUAACAUGGAGACAGAGCAUCACAAUGUUCUAGCCACUACAGAGCUGGUUGAAAUAACCGAUGUGGCAAAAACUAUUCUAUCACAGCUUGACACUUUGACCAAUAGGGGACUUAACCUGCUUGCUAUGGUACUUACAGGAGGUUCAGUUAAAUUUGAACAAACUCGUCAAAGAAUGAAAGCUGUUAUUAGGGAGUCGCUCUCUGAGGUUCUUCGAACCAGAAAUCAGAGACAAGACCUUCUAGAAAUUUGUACACAACUAUCUAAGCUUGUCAAUGACCCGCAAAAUUUUCAGGAGAACUGUAUGAGACCUGCACUUCAAUGUCAUUUUUCUGCUGCUAUUGAAGUACUAGGUGAAUUGGAGAAAUUACCUUUUGAAACCUUGAUUAUUAUUGACAGGAAACUUAGAGGUGUUCGAGUAGGCAUGCCCACCUUGCAGCCACUUACACGUGGAAAUAGUCGAGCUAAUGUAAUUGAAAAGGUGAGAAAACUUAGUCAGGAGAUGCUUUCACAGAUUGGUGAAAAAGGUGAAUUGCAGAAGCCAUUAGCCGAUGCACUAGCCAUAGCAGGCUUGUCGUUGAAACAAAUGUCUGGCCGUCCGAAUUCCUUCAUGACCGACUUUAACAAAUUCCCACCGGAAAUCAAGACCCUUCAAGAUGAGAUAAUGAAGGCACUUUGGGUACUGGAGUCAAAGAUUAGUUUAACGGGGUGGAAAACUUUGCAGCUCUUGCUAGACCCAAAUGCUGAAAUAGCAAAUGGUCCUUCACGAACGGAAAUUAAGAGGAUGUUGACCCAAUAUCUUUUUGCCUGUGGUGAUAUGGAUGUCAUUCCGAAGUAUUUUUUAGAAGCUAUUGCUCUCAUUAAUGGUAGCUCUCAAGCUUUACCACCAAAGACGUUCCCAAAAGAGGUAAUUGAAGAAGAGGCAGAAUGUAUAUUAAGUGUGAGUGCUCAGUCAAAGCAGAUUGUCUGGGAUCUACUUCCUGACCUUGAGUUGCAUCAGGAUUUUAGUGAUGCAUAUAUGGAAGAAUUGGAAGAAAGUGAUGAUGAUUAUAAUGACGACAAUGACGAUAGCAAUGGUUCUGUCAGGCAAUCUAAAUCUUGUAACCCUCCACCUAAAAGUUCUACUUUGGUUGAUUCAGAUUUCCAAAGUGAGAGUUGUGGGGAUUUUAUACCCUUUGAUUCGAAUCCACCUUCCCCUCUAACUAAUGGGAAGUCUUCUCCCUCACUAUUCCACGAACCAGACACUUUGAACAGUGUGCCUAAUGUUAAUGUCAACCAAAACCAGUUGGGAAUCGUGGGCAGACCCAUAAUUAGCACUUGUAAUUCGUCCAACCUCUGUCAGGAAAAUGGGAGUUUAGAUGGCGAUGGUGCAGAUGGACAUGAACCUGAACAUUGUUCUAAAAUGUAUCCAGGAAGUCCAGCUGAUCUUGUUUCUUCUUCUUUUUCAUCUGCAAGGGAAAAAUCUGUUUCCACCAAAAGAUGCCCCCCUAAAAACCUAUAUCUCAGUAUCCAAGCCGCAUGUGAUGGCACAAGUUUGAUCGCUUAUCACAUCAUUGGUCACAUAAUGGAGGGAUUGGCAAAGCAAGGAAGUGUAGAGUUGGAUUGUGAUUAUAGAUACUAUCUCAGAGGUGGAAAUCCAAUUCAAAAAUAUACCAAAGAUGAAAGCCUGUAUUUUUCUGAGGAAGAUGUAGUUCAAGCAGCUAAAGAGCUGAUAGUUUCUCUGCAGCAAAGGAAAAAGGACACGAUUACACCAAGCAAAGUCCUUAAAACAAGAUCAGGUAACUCGGCAAAGCGACAACGAGUUCUGUAUCCAAAAAGCAUUCCAGAAAGACCAGCAGCUAGCACUGGUGGAUCUACAGUGGACAAUUCAUAAUGCAAUUCAAGUUGAGCCUGGAUAAGUUCUGAAGUUGCUUAUAAACUUAAACUAGAGCUUGCAGCUGUGUAUAUGACUUGGUUAAAGGGCUAUGCAGCGUGAAUGUAGAGCCAGCAUUGUCCGCAAAUACGCUUAAAUUUCUCACAGAAUUGCUUCUCCCCUAUAUUGAAGACUUGUCUAUAGGACAAUGGUUCUCAUUAACACAUCAGGGUUUCUGGUCUCUAGAGUUUGCAGAAAUGAUUCGUUGCAGCUAGCGGGAUACGACUUAUUGGGUUUAAAAUGCCUUCCAUACUCAAUGAAGGGUAGCAAGGCAGAGGAUAUACAAAUCAAUUUUUUUUUCCUAUUUAGAUUCAAAUGUCCAUUGCCACCAUUGAGGGGCCGUUCAUUGAAAUUUUGUAUGUCAUCCAGCAACUUACCAAGUUAAAGUUGGUUGCAUUGUCUAACAACUAAAUACAGUUUCAUGGGAGAUCUUCUGCCCUCUAAUAUUAUUCUGUGAUCUUAGAUAUAUA